AUGGGCUCUAAGACACCCGAAAACGAACGCCGCAAUGGCGGUAGUGAGCCGUCGAGCUCAACCAACGCAAAUGACACUGGCGGGGAGCCACGUGGAGCCCAUCUGUCCCGCGAUGGUGACGGAACUGUCGGAGAUGACGGUGACGACGAUGGAGAUGAUGACCACGAGGCCGGCGUUACUACCGUAUCGCUGACAGGCCAACCUGCAUCGGAGACUACCUCCAACAAGAAGAACAAAAAACGAAAGAAGUCGAAGAAGAAGUCUUCCUCGCUUCAGCAGUCAUCCCCUCCACGGGUACCCCUGACUGACCUGUUUCCUUCUGGUCAAUACCCAGUUGGUGAAAUCCAGAGCUAUGCACCUGUGGAAAACACAGCUCGCACCACUUCCGAGGAAAUUCGGUACAACGGUCGCACUCACCUUGAAAAUGACAGCUUCCUGAACGACUACCGGAAGGCAGCUGAGAUACACCGUCAAGUCAGACGCUGGACCCAGGAGACUGCUCGCCCUGGGAAGACCCUCAUGGAGAUUGCCGACGGUAUUGAUGACGGCGUGAGGGCUCUACUUGAUAACGAUGGACUUGCACCCGGAGCUGGCCUUGUUUCUGGCAUGGGAUUCCCAACAGGAUUAGCACUCAACAAUUGCGUUGCACACUACACUCCUAACCCGGGCCAGAAGGACAUCAUUUUAAAAUCUAGCGAUGUGAUGAAGGUCGACUUUGGAGUCCACAUCAAUGGCUGGAUUGUCGACAGUGCAUUCACUAUGUCAUUUGAUCCAACUUAUGACAGCCUGCUCGCUGCCGUUAAAGACUCGACGAACACCGGCAUCAAGACUGCUGGAAUCGACGUCCGAAUCAGCGAUGUCAGCGCCGCUAUUCAGGAGGUCAUGGAAAGCUACGAGGUCGAGAUCAAUGGAAAGACAUACCCCGUGAAACCCGUACGAAACCUCUCGGGCCAUAACAUCAAGCAGUACCAGAUUCACGGUGGAAAAUCUAUCCCAUUCAUCAAGACCAGGGACCAGACUAAGAUGGAAGAAGGAGAGAUCUUUGCCUGUGAGACAUUUGGCUCUACGGGCAGGGGCACAACAUUCGAUGGUCCUGGCGUCUAUGGGUAUGGAAAAGACCCGUUCGCGCCGAAAAAGAUUACCUCGCACCUGGCCUCAGCUCGAUCUCUCUACCAAAAGAUCAACGAGAACUUCGGCACUAUAGUCUUUUGUCGUCGAUAUCUCGAGAGGCUCGGUGUUGAGCGAUAUCUUGCAGGGAUGAACAACCUUGUCUCGCAAGGCGUGGUUGAAAUGUACCCGCCUUUGAUGGAUAUUGAAGGAUCAUACUCGGCGCAGUUUGAACACACCUUUCUGCUACGUGAAUCCGGCAAGGAGAUCAUCAGUCGUGGGGAUGACUACUAA